UUCAUUCAUUUCCAAGGGGGAAGCUCUGUUGCAGCAACCACGAUCUUUGCACUCUUUGCCUAGGAUAAUUACUCGGCUACCUGCGCUAAUUUACAACUUUUAAGUACAAUUAUCUGAACUCUAGAUUGGAAAUGCUUCUGGUAUCGUAUGCAAAUACGUAUGCUGACGUAGGUGAUCAUGUGGUUUUUGGCGUAGAUCCCCCAGUGAUCGAGGUUUUUUUUCUGCUGUUGUCUUUAGGAUUCGGUAGAAUCUUUAGAAUUAAUCCUCGUUUUCGGUGUUCACCUGACCAAGAACCUGUUUUGAAACCCCGGUGUCGUUGUCUCAUCAUUCCAGCACCUCAUUAUCUGUGGGCAGGUUGCCACGGACACCGCCCCCCUGAGAACCGCAACACCCAGAGAUCAAGGGAGGACAAGGGGCGGAGCUCUUCUUCCGGGCCCCGCCCUGCUGCAGGUGCACGACCAAUCUGGUCAGGCUGCCUGUGAUGAAGUCUGAUGAAGUCCCCAACUGGAGCUGACAAUUACAGUCAGCAUAAAACUGUGGCGCCGGAGGAAGGGGGCAGAGAACAGGCCCUUCUUCAUCCAAAGCAGACUUGUCCCUUCCCCUCUCAUUCCCUUCCUCAAUAAGGCCAUUUUCAGAACCGUGUUAUGGCGAGUCGGAGGAAGUCAACAACUCCUUGCAUGAUCCGGGCUAGUGAGAUGGUGGAGCAAGAUGACCCCGAUGAGAUGGAUACUUCUGCUGAUGGCGUCCUGGAAAACGGGUCUUUGGAGGCAAUGGGCGGUGAGGACUGGGCUUCGGUUAAGGACAGUGGAAGAGCAGGAAAGGAGACGACGGAUCAGGAGAAAUCAGAGGCUGAUGUUCGACCACAGCGGAAGCUGCAGGGUGGCUAUGAAUGCAAGUAUUGUCCCUUCUCCACACAGAACCUGAAUGAGUUUAAAGAGCACGUGGACUCAAAUCACCCCAACGUCAUUCUCAACCCUCUGUACCUGUGUGCAGUGUGUAACUUUAACACAAAAAAAUUUGACUCCUUAACAGAGCACAAUGAAAAGUGUCACCCCGGGGAGAGCAACUUCAAGUUCAAACGGAUCAAGCUUAACAGCCAGACCAUCCUGGAGCAGACAAUCGAGGGAGCAAACAGUGCAGUCAUCUAUGAUGCGACUAGCCCUCAGAACGGGGAAGACAUGACCGCUUUUCCCUUGAGCAAGUCAAUAGCCGCAAAGAUGGCCAAGCCAAAAACAGACAGCAAACGGAUAUUCCGCAAAGGGGAUGAAGUAGAAAAUCAAUUGGAUGGCUUUACCACGGAGCUCCCGAAAAAGCCAAUCACUGCCAUCAAUGUUAACAGGACAGUGAUCCUCCCAGAGGCCACACUCAAAGAAGGCCUUUCUCACAUAAUGCCGUCAUUGCAGCGUCCACCCAACUUCAACUUGGUACCAAAAAUCGCAGUUCCUCUGAACACCUCUAAAUAUAAUCCUUCAUUGGAUGGUAACGCAACCCUCAUCACCUCCUUUAAUAAAUUUCCAUACCCGACGCAACCCGAGUUGUCCUGGUUAACUGCGGCCUCCAAGCACCCAGAGGAGCAAAUAAAAGUAUGGUUCACCACCCAGCGGCUAAAGCAAGGCAUCAGUUGGUCCCCAGAGGAAGUAGAAGAGGCUCGUAAGAAAAUGUUCAAUGGAACCAUUCAGCCAGUACAGCAGACUUUCACUGUUUUGCCUGCCCACUUUUCUCAUUCAGCCAAAGCUUCCCAGCCUCUUAUUCAGACUGUUCCCUGCCAUGUUCUUGGGCAGUCCAGUCUGGUGUUGACACCUGUUGCCAAUGGGUCCCCAGUGACCUGCACUCCCAUUGCUCUGACAGUAGCCAACCAGGUGGUACAGGCUCUUAAAAGGCCUCUUGCCACCCCAGUGGUGGCCCCCGAUGUUAAACGGCCCACCAUAAUUCAGUCAGUUCAAUCUCCACCCAAGUCAGCUUCCCCCACGCCCAGUUUUUCUCUAGACCGCAAAAAGACCCAGGAUCAGAUAACGGUGCUGAAGGCUAGCUAUAGUCAGAACCAGUUUCCGGAUGAUAAAGAACUUUAUCGUCUCAUUGAGGCCACUGGCCUUUCCCGGAGUGAGAUCAAAAGGUGGUUCAGUGACCAGCGCUACCGUAACCAAAAAGGCCUCCUGCAGGCUAACAGUGAGUUUCUGUCUAAAGACAUACUCCAGAAGUCAGUCCCCACGCAGUUUCCUCUUCUAGAGAGGGUGAAGGGGAAAACCACUGAGCAGCUUAAAAUGUUGGAGGAAAGCUUCCAGAAAACUAGCUUUCCAACCCAGGCAGACAUCGACCACCUAGUGGCCAACACCAGGCUCUCCAAAACGGAAAUUGACAGCUGGUUCUCGGAGCGCCGUGCACUGCGGGACAACUUGGAACAAGCCCUGCUGAACUCCAUGGGACCCAAAAAGGUGGAGGAGGAGGAGCUGCCACAGCAGCGAGGGUCUCUCAACGGUGUGCAAGAAAAGGAGAGUGUCUCCAGGGCCUCCCCUCUCCCCAUCAUUGCUCCUUCCACCUGCCCCAUGCUUAUUGACAGCAGAUCACUGGAGCUUCUCAAAGAUGUUUUUGCACAAACUCAGUGGCCAUCACCCGAGGAGUACAAUCAGUUGGAGGUUCAAACAGGCCUUGCUCGCACAGAAAUAGUCCGGUGGUUCAAGGACAACCGAGCAGCCCUGAAGAAUGGGACCCUGGAGUGGAUGGACCAACUCCAGAAGCAGAGCAGCAAUGGGCGAAAUGGGCAGAGCUCGUUGACAAGCGCAGAGCGUGCGCAGAGUGUCCUUCAGCAGUACUUCCGGGAAGUGAAGACCUUGAGCGGGGAGGAUGUUGAGAAGCUGUCGGAAAGGUCCAAGCUCAGCAGCCAGGAAAUCACGGACUGGUUUGCCAGCAAGCUGAUACAGAAUGCGUCUGAGGCGAACAAGGCUGACGAUCAGCUCAGACAGCCAAGAGAGGAUCACGGGAGCUGCAUGAAGGAGAGUGAGGGGGUGACAAAUAGGAGCACUGGCCUGGAACAAGAGCUGGUCUCUAAUGCUGAAGGGGUGGUGGGAGAAAUCUCUGGCAGGGUGAUGGGAUAAAGUGUUCAAAGUCUUGAGUGGUGGCUACUCUCAAUUGACAUAGGAGAUGAGAAAAGAGGUGGACUAUUUUCAUAUGAGGAACCAAUGAUUUCACAGCAGCGUUGUGAAAUCAGAGCGCGCCUGACACACUGACCAGGAGGUGAUCGCGAGUGCCAAAGCUGGACUGCUGCAUUAUUACACUUUUAGAAAAAAAGGGCCCUUGUAAAUAUUUUUCUGUACUACUACAGAUUUGUACCAUUUUGGGGGGAAUUUUGUUACAUUUAUAAUUGGAGCAACAUGUUCCCUUUAUGUUCUGGUUAGUUCCUACAGUGGAAUGUUCUGCAUUUUGCAUUUUGUAACGAGACAGUGAACCACUACAUAUGUUGGCAAUACUAUAUUCAAACUAUUUUACAACACGCAAGUCUUUUUUUUGGUAUGAAGGACAUUUCUUCAAGUGAAGAAAGUGCAAGUGUUGACUGUAUUGAGGGAAAGGUGAUUCAACAGAACAAGCAACCCCUCUUGAGAACACCAACUCACUUGAGGUCAUAUUGUGAAUAGCUGACACACGAGUCCUGUCAGGCUGAUGCUUUCUACUGGGAAACUAGAGCUACAAAACAGGAGGAUAAUCACAUGGAAUUCAACCCAGAAACAUACAGUACUGCACUUGCCAUCUGUCCUUUUUUUUUUUUUUUUCUGUAACUCAUUUUAUUAUUUUCAGUUAAACUAGACACAUCAGUACCAGUCUUACAGUAUAUGUGUUUUCUAGGUAUCCUAGUUCUAGUUCUGUUUCAGCCGCAGAUACAAAACCUGCUUUUCAGAUAGCUCUUAUGUGUUUCACUGCCGCUAUACUGUCAUGUUCAGACAUGUAUUGAGAAUACUGUACUGCUUCAGAGAUCCUGCUUGCUUUUUUAUUUAAAAAAAGGAAAGAAACAGUUGCUGUCUGCUGUAACCCAAUAAAAUGCAGUCAAUUUAAAGUUA